AUGGCCGCCGAAGCGACUACGCCGACUACGCCGUUAAAAAUCUCAAGCAGACCUACACCUUGGGAAACCACAUCACAUCUGAAAUUCAACGUAAUGGCGUCACUCGCGGAACAAAUUGCCCAGUUUGAGACGCUGCGUGCUCAAGCCGAGCCUCUGCCCACAGACAGCGCUGCUUACACCACAUCGGCGUUUUUCAAAUCGAAGAAUGCAGGACAGGGCAAGUCCAAGGCAAAGGCAUGGGAUCACCGCCUCAGCGUCGACAGCCGCGCUCAAGGAUCGUCUCCCCUCAAGACAGCCAACCGCGGCAAGAAUAUGGACAUGAUCACGCUAGGCACUGCCCGUCCGUCGUCACAGUUUUACCCCUACGAAUCUUUGACGGUCAAUGUGGUCGACGAUGCUUCCGCCAAGGAAAACAAGCCCACAACCGCCAUUACCUGCUCCAAGGGCGAGAGUGCCUACAACCUGGCGGCUGCGCUCAACUAUGGCUUCCCUGCCGGAUCGCCACAGUCGGUGCGCUUCGUCACGGAGCACGUCGAGAUGAUGCACAACCCACCGUGCGAGGACUGGAAGACGAGUCUGACCUGCGGCACUACAUCUGGUCUCGAAAUGGUCUUCCGCAUUUUCUGUAACCCCGGCGACAAUAUUCUGGUUGAGAAGUACUCGUACACCGGCACAAUCGUCGGAGCCCGUGCGCAAAGAAUCAACACGGUGCCCAUAGCCAUGGACGAAUUCGGCCUGUCUGCCAAGGAAUUGGAUAGCACGCUGGAGAAUUGGGAUGCCACCAAGUCUCACAAGCCAUACGUCUUGUACACAAUUCCUACCGGUCAGAACCCAACCGGUGUUACACAGAGUGUCGAGCGCCGCAAGGAGAUUUACGCAAUUGCGGAGAAGCACGAUCUCAUCAUUGUGGAAGACGACCCCUACUUUUUUCUGCAAAUGGGCGAAUACUCCAAGCUAGAGGUCGGUAGCAAAGAAGCACUCCAAGAAUAUGUGGACAAACUGCCCCCAUCAUAUCUUUCCCUGGACGUGUCGGGCCGUGUGGUGCGCCUAGACUCCACCUCCAAGAUACUGUCACCAGGUCUUCGCCUUGGCUGGCUGACAGCCUGCACUCAAAUCGUCGACCUGUUUGAGGCGUACUCCGAAGUCAGUGUCAUGUCUCCAAGCGGACCCUCGCAAGUAAUGAUGUACAAACUGCUCGACCAGACGUGGGGCCAUACUGGCUUCGUCCGAUGGCUGGCGCACCUGUCCAACGUCUACACCAAUCGCCUCAACAUCAUGCUAGAAGCAUGCGAGAAGCAUUUGCCCAAAGACAUUUGCUCGUGGAGGGUGCCUGAUUCGGGCAUGUUUGUUUGGAUCAACGUGGACGUGACCAAGCACCCAAAGGCCCCGGAAGGCGAGCCGACCAAGGAAUUCCAGAUGGAGAUUGAAGGUGCUCUAUAUGAGAAGUCUAGAGACCACGGUGUUUUGAUCAGCAGAGGAAGCUGGUUCCUGGCUGAUCCCAGGCAGGUCAGCGAGGCUGCUCUGCGCGUCACCUUUGCAGCUGCAACGGAGCCGGAGCUGGCGCCUGGCAUUGAGCGCCUAGGUCAGGCUGUGCGAGAGGAAUUUGGACUUGCGUAG